GAAAGUUCUAGAGCAAACCUACCGACAACUGGAGAAACUUUCUCCAGGAGACGUUCUCUUCUCUGGACUUCAAGGACCUGGAACUCUGGAAAUAUUACCAUUAUUAAGAAAGUAGAACUCUGAUCAUUGAUGAAGUUACUGUAGAUGAAGAACCAGAUGUUCUGAGGAGGUCAGGAAUCCUUGCUUGAUUUUUUGUGCUGAAUUUGAGUUUUUGUUGCAAUUCCAUCUGUGUUAUGGUACUUUUGGUCCCUUUCAUGGUAAAUUUAUCCAUUUUUGUGGUAAUUUUGGAUGUUUUUCUUGGCAUAUUUGAACUUUUCAAGGUAGUUUUGGCUCUUUUUUAGGGUGAUUUUGGGUGUUUUUACUGCAUAUUUGAACGUUUCUGGGUAAUUUGGCUCUUUUUGGGGUAUUUUGCAUGUUUUUGUGCCAAAUUUGAGUUUUUGUCGUAAUUUCACCUGUUGUAUGGUAGUUUUGGUCUUUUUGUGGUGAUUUUCCAUGCUUUUCCUGUCAUAUUUGAACCUUUCAGGAUUGUUUUGGCUCUUUUUGGGGUGUUUUUGUGUCUUUUGGGAUAAUUUUGGUAAUUUCUGUGCAUUUUUAGUGUCAAUUUUUCCCAGAACUCAGAUGUGUUUCUCCUCCUAAAUGCCAUGGUUCUAUCUGCUGGACUGAGGAAGUUCUGAUAAAGUCCAUUAAAAAGUGGUAAAUCUGGACCCAGGUCUAUGGAACUCAGGAGAUAUUCCCAGCAUGAAGAUAGAACUCUGAUCAUUAAUGAAGUUACUGCAGAUGAGAAUCCAGCACCACAGAACAUCAGUCCACUGAACAGAGCUUUCUGCAGCGUCACGCCUUCUGUGGGUGGACGGCGUCUCGUCACACCUGAGCAGGUAAACUGUUCAUACUUGCAGAAGGAGUGUCUGGGAGGAGACGCUGGUGGUGAGACGGACGGACGGACGGACGGUCGCUGCUUCCAGACAUGAUCUGAUCAGGAUGGACUACUACCCCUACAGCCAGGUGAGGUCCCUCAGGGUUUCAGGUGUUCUGUAGUUCAUGUGUUCUGUAGUUCAUGUGUUCAGGUGUUCUGUAGUUCAGGUGUUCAAUAGUUCAGGUGUUCUGUAGUUCAGGUGUUCUGUAGUUCAGGUGUUCAAUAGUUCAGGUGUUCUGUAGUUCAUGUGUUCAAUAGUUCAGGUGUUCAAUAGUUCAGGUGUUCAAUAGUUCAGGUGUUCUGUAGUUCAGGUGUUCAAUAGUUCAGGUGUUCUGUAGUUGAGGGGUUCUGUAGUUCAUGUGUUCAGUUGUUCUGUAGUUCAGGUGUUCUGUAGUUCAGGUGUUCAGGUGUUCUGUAGUUCAUGUGUUCAGGUGUUCUGUAGGUCAGGUGUUCUGUAGUUCAGGUGUUCUGUAGUUCAUGUGUUCAGGUGUUCUGUAGUUCAUGUGUUCUGUAGUUCAUGUGUUCAGGUGUUCUGUAGUUCAGGUGUUCUGUAGUUCAGGUGUUCAAUAGUUCAGGUGUUCUGUAGUUGAGGGGUUCUGUAGUUCAUAUGUUCAGUUGUUCUGUAGUUCAGGUGUUCUGUAGUUCAGGUGUUCAGGUGUUCUGUAGUUCAUGUGUUCAGGUGUUCUGUAGGUCAGGUGUUCUGUAGUUCAGGUGUUCUAUAGUUCAGGUGUUCAGGUGUUCUGUAGUUCAGGUGUUCAGGUGUUCUGUAGUUCAGGUGUUCUGUAGUUCAGGUGUUCUAUAGUUCAGGUGUUCAGGUGUUCUGUAGUUCAGGUGUUCAGGUGUUCUGUAGGUCAGGUGUUCUGUAGUUCAUGUGUUCAGGUGUUCUGUAAUUCAGGUGUUCUGUAGGUCAGGUGUUCUGUAGUUCAGGUGUUCUAUAGUUCAGGUGUUCAGGUGUUCUGUAGUUCAGGUGUUCAGGUGUUCUGUAGUUCAGGUGUUCUGUAGUUCAUGUGUUCUGUAGUUCAGGUGUUCAGGUGUUCUGUAGUUCAGGUGUUCUGUAGUUCAUGUGUUCUGUAGUUCAUGUGUUCAGGUGUUCUGUAGUUCAGGUGUUCUGUAGGUCAGGUGUUCUGUAGUUCAGGUGUUCUGUAGUUCAUGUGUUCAGGUGUUCUGUAGUUCAGGUGUUCUGUAGGUCAGGUGUUCUGUAGUUCAGGUGUUCAGGUGUUCUGUAGUUCAGGUGUUCUGUAGUUCAGGUGUUCAGGUGUUCUGUAGUUCAGGUGUUCUGUAGUUCAGGUGUUCAGGUGUUCUGUAGUUCAGGUGUUCUGUAGUUCAGGUGUUCUGUAGUUCAUGUGUUCAGGUGUUCUGUAGUUCAGGUGUUCUGUAGGUCAGGUGUUCUGUAGUUCAGGUGUUCUGUAGUUCAUGUGUUCAGGUGUUCUGUAGUUCAGGUGUUCUGUAGGUCAGGUGUUCUGUAGUUCAGGUGUUCUAUAGUUCAGGUGUUCAGGUGUUCUGUAGUUCAGGUGUUCUGUAGUUCAGGUGUUCUGUAGUUCAGGUGUUCAGGUGUUCUGUAGUUCAGGUGUUCUGUAGUUCAGGUGUUCAGGUGUUCUAUAGUUCAGGUGUUCAGGUGUUCCGGUCGUGUAUCUGGCUGCUGCUGUGGAGAACAGCAAGGUUUCUUUCACGUUAGUUAAAUGUUGUCUGAAGGUUUGCUGAUGCGGUAAAAGUCAGUGUCCCGUACUACCUUUCCCAUGAUGCACCUGACACACUAUUCACCUGAGUCACCUGAACACACCUGUGGAGCUGUGUGUGUCUUUACUGAGAGUGUUUUCAGUGUGUGUGUGUUUAACUUCGUUUUGUGGCUUCAGAUUCAGAUUGAGAACCUUCUUAGACUCCAGAGGACAGGUGAAGACAGGUGACAGCAGGCAGAGCAACGAUGACGUAGAAACUCAGUAGAAAACCAGAUAUUAGAAAUCAGAAACAUAAAUAAACAACAUCAGACAGAGAAGAGGAUGCAGAAGACAGAGUUAGAUGGAGGUGAUUGAUUCGCUGUGGCCACUCCUGAAGAGAAAAGCCGAAAGGAAAAGAAGAAGAAACAUAAAUAAACAUCCAGGGAUAAACAUAUAAACACAAGUAGAACAGGAAGUAGAAUAAGAAUAAAAAUCGAAUGAAGAGAAGGAACAGAACUUAGUAACACACUGUGUCUCUGUCUGGUUUGUGUGUUUUCGUCUCUUUGGUCCUUUCCUGAGUCUAUCGGGACCCCGAGUGGGGCCGCGGGCCUCAUGCUGAGCACCACAGUGUGCUUCCGUGUGUGUGUGUCUGUGUGUGUCUGUGUGGAACCUGGCUGGGAUCCAGGAAGCAGCCAAUCAGAGCAGUGUGAGGUAACGGCGGUCAGGAAGCCCCGCCCCUCCGUCCACCUGCGGCUCCGUCUCUGUUCCUGGAUCUUUCCGGCGGUUCUAUUUCUGUUUCUGUUUCUGGGUGUCUUCCUCGGUUCGGGCUGUUUCUGGGUCUGCGGUGGACUGAACCGUGAACCUGUAUAAACCGGCAACGGGAAACCUGCCGGCUCCGGGAAACACCGACCAAAGUGAUCGAAACUCGGGCGGACACCUGCGGCGGACAUGCGCAGUGUGAGCGGGCCGCUGGUUUAGCACCGAACCGGGUCGUUAUGGAUCUUUGAAAGGAGAGUCUGAGACUACGGGACGAUGUCUGUGAACGAGCUGUACACCAAGUUCACCCGGGUGUGGAUCCCCGACCCAGAUGAGGUGUGGAGAGCAGCAGAGAUCAGCAGAGACUACAAGGAGGGAGAAUCGGUUCUACAUCUGCAGCUGGAGGAUGAAACGCCUCUGGUGUACCCGGUCGGUCCGAAGGACAAUCCUCUCCCGUUCCUUCGGAAUCCAGACAUCCUGGUUGGAGAGAACGAUCUGACGGCUCUCAGCUACCUUCAUGAACCUGCCGUUCUUCACAACCUGCGGGUUCGGUUCCUGGAGUCCAACCACAUCUACACCUACUGUGGAAUCGUUCUGGUCGCCAUCAAUCCGUACGAGCAGCUGCAGAUCUACGGUGAGGAGGUGAUCAACGCCUACAGCGGCCAGAACAUGGGAGACAUGGACCCUCACAUCUUUGCUGUGGCUGAGGAGGCCUACAAGCAGAUGGCCAGAGAUGAGAGGAACCAGUCCAUUAUCGUAAGUGGAGAGUCUGGAGCAGGAAAGACGGUUUCUGCUAAAUACGCCAUGAGGUUCUUCGCCACGGUGGGCGGAUCGGCCAACGACACCAGCGUGGAGGAGAAAGUUCUGGCCUCCAGCCCUAUCAUGGAGGCCAUUGGAAACGCUAAAACUACUCGGAACGACAACAGCAGCCGCUUUGGGAAGUACAUCCAGAUCGGAUUUAGCCGCCACUACCACAUCAUCGGAGCCAACAUGAGGACCUACCUGCUGGAGAAGUCUCGCGUUGUGUUCCAGGCUGAAGACGAGAGGAACUACCACAUCUUCUACCAGCUGUGUGCUUCAGCCUCUUUACCAGAGUUCAAGGAACUCAGCCUCACCAGCGCUCAAGAUUUCACCUACACGUCUUUAGGAGAGAACAUCUUCAUCGAGGGUGUCAACGAUGCCGAGGACUUCAAGAAGACCAGAGAAGCUUUUAACCUGCUUGGUAUAAAGGACAGCAGUCAGAUCAGUAUCUUUAAGGUCAUGGCCUCCAUCCUCCACCUGGGGAACAUUGAGAUAUUCUCUGAGAGGGAUGGGGAGUCCUGCCACAUCUCGAAGAACGACCCUCACCUGCAGAGCUUCUGCUGGCUGCUGGGGGUGGAGCUUCAGCAGAUGGAGCACUGGCUCUGCCACCGGAAGUUGUCCACCACCUCUGAGACCUACGUGAAGAACAUGUCUGCCCGGCAGGCCGCUAACGCCCGCGACGCGCUCGCCAAGCACAUCUAUGCUCGCAUGUUUGACUGGAUCGUGGAGCACAUUAACCUGGCACUGCAGACGUCCUCCAAGCAGCACUCCUUCAUCGGAGUCCUGGACAUCUACGGGUUUGAGACGUUUGAGGUGAACAGCUUCGAGCAGUUCUGCAUCAACUACGCCAACGAGAAGCUCCAGCAGCAGUUCAACUCGCAUGUUUUUAAGCUGGAGCAGGAGGAGUACAUGAAGGAGCAGAUCCCCUGGACUCUGAUCGACUUCUAUGAUAACCAGCCCUGCAUCGACCUGAUCGAGGCCCGACUCGGCAUCCUGGACCUGCUGGAUGAAGAGUGUAAAGUUCCAAAGGGGACGGACCAGAACUGGGCCCAGAAGCUCUACAAGCAGCACUCCAGCAGCGCCCACUUCCAGAAACCUCGAAUGUCCAACACGUCCUUCAUCAUCAUCCACUUUGCUGACAAGGUGGAGUAUCAGUGCGACGGCUUCCUGGAAAAGAACCGAGACACCGUCUAUGAGGAGCAGAUCAACAUCCUGAAGGCCAGCCAGUUCCAGCUCGUAGCCGACCUGUUCCAUGAGAAAGACGACGUGCCGACGUCCAAGUCAUCUAGAGUGAACGUCCGACCGGCCAAGUCGGUUCCCAAAGUUCCCAACAAGGAGCACAGGAAGACGGUGGGACACCAGUUCCGCAGCUCUCUUCAUCUCCUCAUGGAGACUCUGAAUGCGACGACGCCUCACUACGUCCGCUGCAUCAAACCCAACGACGACAAGGAGGCCUUCUCGUUCGACUCCCGCAGAGCUGUGCAGCAGCUGAGGGCCUGCGGAGUCCUGGAGACCAUCCGGAUCAGCGCCGCCGGGUAUCCAUCCAGAUGGACGUAUCCAGACUUUUUCAACAGGUACCGGGUUCUGAUGAAGAAGUCUGACAUGAUGUCAGCAGAUAAGAAGCAGGUGUGCAAGAACCUGCUGGAGAUUCUGAUCAAGGAACCCGACAUGUUCCAGUUCGGUAAGACGAAGAUCUUCUUCCGGGCCGGACAGGUAGCGUACCUGGAGAAGCUGCGGGCCGAUAAGUUCCGCUCAGCCUGCAUCAAGAUCCAGAAGACGGUCCGCGGCUGGCUGCAGAGGGUCCGCUACCGAAAGAUCCGCAGGGCCGCCAUCGGCCUGCAGAGAUACGGCCGAGGUUACCUGGCCCGCAGGUAUGCCGAGUUCCUGCGCCGGACUCGAGCCGCCGUCAUCCUUCAGAAACAGUUCAGGAUGAUCAGAGAACGACGGGAAUAUCUGAGAGUCAGGAGAGCCGUGGUCACCAUCCAGGCCUUCAGCAGGGGCAUGUUCACCAGGAGGGUCUACUGGGAGUUCCUGCUGCACCACAAGGCCAUGAUCAUCCAGAAGAACGUCCGGGGGUGGCUGCAGAGGAGGAAGUUCAGAAGAGCGCGGGAUGCUGCCAUCACCAUCCAGUGUGCCUUCAGACGGAUGAGAGCCAAGAGACAGCUGAAGCAGCUGAAGAUCGAAGCUCGGUCUGCAGAACACCUGAAGAAGCUCAACACGGGGAUGGAGAACAAGAUCAUCCAGCUGCAGAAGAAGAUGGACGAACAGUCCAAAGAGCUGAGGGCUCAGAAUGAGCAGCUGCAGACGGUGAACAUCUCUCAGGGCUCUGAGGUGGCGAAGCUGCAGAAGGAGCUGCAGUUGAUGCGCAGUCAGCAGGAGGAUGGCGGACGGCUGCAUUCGCUGCAGGAGGAACUGCAGAGGCUGCAGGAGGAGCUUCAGGAGGCGCAUGGACAGAGGAAGAAGCUGGAGGAGGAGCACGGGGCUGAGAAGCUGAAUCUGCAACAGCGGGUGGAGGAGCUGGAGAAGGAGAACUCUCUGCUGAAGAGCGAGAAGGAGGAGAUGAACCGACGGAUUGUUCAGCAGUCGAAGAGUAGCGAAGAGGAGCCCAGCAGUGAGUCUCUGCAGCAGGAGCUGGAUGGAGAACGUCAGCGGUACCAGAACCUCCUCAAAGAGUUCGGCAGACUGGAGCAGAGAUACGACAACCUGAAGGAGGAGGUUUCUCUGUCCAAGUUCUACCCAGGACACCGCAGGAACCCAUCCAACCAGAGCAGCCUGGAGUCAGACUCCAACUACCCGUCUGUGAACACCUCGGAGCUGGGUGACACUGAGGACUCCAUCCAGCUGGUGGAGGACUUGGGGGUGGAGAAGGCUGCCAUGGACAUCAGCCUGUUCAUGAAGCUACAGAAACGAGUCCGAGAGCUGGAGCAGGAGAGGAAGAGGCUGCAGAACGCCGUGGACAAGAUGGAGGAACUCGCCAAGCACAAGGGCCCAGAACCGAGGAGUCCAAUGUCUGACCAGCAGGCUGCAGAUCUGACCUACAGCAACCUGAAGAGACAAGAGCUGGAAUCUGAGAACAAGAAGCUGAAGAACGACCUGAACGAGCUGAGGAAGACGUUGGCCGACAGCUCAACCAAUGAGCUGCCGGACGGCCACAACCUGCUGCUGAGUCAGCUGAAAGCAGCCAAUGAGGAGCUGGACGCUCGCAAAGAGGAAGUGCUGAUGCUGAAGACGCAGUUAGUGAGUGCCGCCGAGCAGCAGGAGCGAGCCGAGCUGACGGAAACUGAUGGCGCUGCUGCAGGAAAUCUGAACCCAGAGCUGCUGGACCAAGACGAAGGUCUCAGAGAGGCCAAGAGUGAGGAUCAGGACUGGGUCUAUCUGAAUGAAGAUGGAGAGCUGGGUUUGGCCUUGCAGGGUCUUAAACAAGUGGCCAGGCUGUUGGAGGCUCAGCUGCAGACUCAGUCCAGGCAGCACAAAGAUGAGCUGGAGGCUCUUCACACUCAGAUUGAGCUGCUGAAGGACGACAUCGAGAAGAAGCAGGAGAUCCUCAACUACACCAUGUCUCUGUCUCCAGAGGCUCAGGUGGAGUUCAGCGUCCAGCAGGAGAUCACACGACUCACCAAUGACAACCUGGACCUCAAGGAGUUGGUGGAGAAGCUGGAGAAGAAUGAGAGGAAAUUGAAGAAGCAGCUCAGGAUCUACAUGAAGAAAGUCCAGGAGCUGGAAGCAGCUCAGGCUGCAGCUCAGAGCAGCAGGUCCAAACCUGAGCUGAGCCGCCAGGUAACGGUUCAGAGGAAGGAGAAGGACUUUGAAGGGAUGUUGGAGUACAACCAGGAGGAUGAAGCUCUGCUGCUGAAGAUGCUGAUCACAGACAUCAGGCCCAGCUCGGUGUCGGCUACCGUUCCAUGUCUUCCUGCCUACAUCCUCUUCAUGUGCAUCCGUCACGCCGACUACAUCAACGACGACCGCAAGGUGGAGUCUCUGCUCACCUCCACCAUCAACGCCAUCAAGAAGGUCCUCAAGAAGAACAGCGAUGACUUUGAGAUGACUUCCUUCUGGUUGGCCAACACCAGUCGGCUGCUCCACUGUCUGAAGCAGUACAGCGGGGAUGAGGCCUUCAUGACUCAGAACAGCACCAAGCAGAACGAACACUGUCUGAAGAACUUCGACCUGGCCGAGUACCGGCAGGUCCUGAGUGACCUGUCGAUCCAGAUCUACCAGCAGCUGAUUAGAGUGGCCGAGGGCAUCAUCCAGCCCAUGAUUGUGUCGGCCAUGUUGGAGAGUGAGAGCAUCCCCAGCCUGGCGGGCGUGAAGCCGAUGGGCUACCGGAACCGUUCGUCCAGCAUGGACACGGACGCCGACGGGCCCAGCAGCUACACGCUGCAGGCGCUGAUCCGGCAGCUGGGCCAGUUCCACGGUACCAUGAGGGACCAUGGUCUGGACCCGGAGAUCGGAGGCCAGGUGGUCCGCCAGCUGUUCCACUGCAUCAACGCCGUCACCCUCAACAACCUGCUGCUGCGCAAAGACGUCUGCUCCUGGAGCACCGGCAUGCAGCUCAGGUACAACACCAGUCAGAUGGAGGAGUGGCUCCGAGGGAACAACCUGUUCCAGAGUAAAGCUGCAGCCACUCUGGAGCCCAUCAUCCAGGCUGCCCAGCUGCUGCAGGUGAAGAAGAAAACCUCUGAGGACGCUGAGGCCAUCUGCUGUCUGUGCACCGCCCUGACCACGCAGCAGAUUGUGAAGAUCCUGAAUCUCUACACGCCUCUCAACGAGUUCGAGGAACGAGUCACCGUGUCCUUCAUCAGGAACAUCCAGAACCGGCUCCAGGAGAGGAACGACCCUCCUCAGCUGCUGGUGGACACCAAGCACGUUCCGGUGCUGUUCCCCUACACGCCAUCCGCUCUCAGUCUGGAGACGCUGCACAUCCCCGCCCAGCUCAACCUCCACUUCCUGGUCAGGGUCUGAGUCUCCAGGGUCCGAGUCUCCAGGGUCCGAGUCUUUAGGUUCUUCUGAACUUCCUGUCAAACCUCUCAGCUCCUGGUGAAGCUCAGAGCCAAACCAAAGGACUCCUGUAACGGUGAAGAGGAGGAGCUCAACGAGGUUCAUAGACGUGUGUCGAAGCGUUGGAGAUUAAAGCUGAGACUUCCUGCAUUCAUCAAACCUUCCAUUCAUUAGAGUAAAGAUCACAGCUGCGACCAAUAAUCAACGUUAAAUCAAUCAUUCACAUCAGCUCCAGGGAACGUUUGUGGUUUCCAUCAAAGAUCUCUGAAGAAUCAAACAUCUUCCGAGGAAAGGAACCAGAACAUAUUGACAUGCUGAAUAUGUUCUGGUUCCUGAAGAUCUUUGAGGAACCAGUGAGAACCUUUCAGUCUGGUUGGGUCAGGGGUUCGCCAGGGGUUAGCUUCUAGUGGUUCCAUCAGUGGCCAACAUGAAGAUCCUGAGGUUCUGUCAGCUGGUAGCCACCUUUAGCUUCAGGAAGUCGUCUGGUUUCCUCAGUAGAAAGUUUGUUUGACUUUGCAGCACAUGAAGCAGCUUGAAAACCUUUCUAAACUCCCAUUGGUUUGUUAUGAAGCAGGAAGUGUUUGGGGGCGGGGCCACCAUAUGGUUGACAGGCUACCGAGGGGGCGUGUCCUCCAGCACUGUCAGAUCAACCAAUCACUCGUCUUGUCACGUUUUACCAUCUUUAAGAAGCUGUCUGCUCUACUGAGCAUGCCUCCAACAUCCUGGGCUUAGCUCCGCCCCCAGACAGUUGUGAUUGGUUGAACUGAGGCAGAACGACUGUAGAAUGUUCUGCUGGUCCUGGUUUCUGCUCAGGGAGGAGCAGCAGAACCUUCUCCAGAGGUUCGUCACACGUCUGUGACCUGGUUUCUGAAGCUGUUUAGAAAGAAUUCUUAUUGAAAAAAUUGACCCGCAUUAAAGAGAUGUUCCUGAUAUGUUCCUUCAUCUGUUCCUGAUUGGUUCCUGAUAUGUUCCUCAUCUGUUCUCAUGGGUUCCUGAUAUGUUCCUCAUCUGUUCCUCAUGGGUUCCUGAUAUGUUCUCAUCUGUUCCUCAUGGGUUCCUUAUGGGUUCCUUAUGGUCCAUCUUGGUCCUCUGGUUCUUUAUUCACUCUUUCACCUGUAAAACCGUACCAUGUUCUGUUCUGUUUGGUUUUUAUUGUUUGAUUUGUACAUUUAUGGUGACGCCAAGAACCGAAACCUGAGAUCAGACUUCUGUUGAUCAAUAAUCAAUAAUCAUGUUGUUUCAUGCAUUAAAGAUGUCUGAAGAUGAA